AUGCCUGAGCGGUUCUUCGGUUCCAAUAACAUCCUCUUCCUACUUGAAUUCAACACAGGCCUAAAGUGGGUCUUGAAAGUUCCCGUGAAUGGAUAUCCUGGAGCUUUCAACGAUAUACAUGCCCGCGUCUUAACUGCUGAAGCUUCGACAAUGCAGCUUUUGAGGCAAGAAACGAUCAUUCCUAUCCCUACAGUCUUCUCAUUAUCAGCUUCUCUGGAUAAUGACCGGGGCUGCCCCUACAUAUUGAUGGAGUAUAUCGACGGCAAGUCAGCCCGCCAUGUUUGGUUCAAUGAAGAACUAGGUGCUGCUACUCUCGAGCGUUAUCGGACACAGGCUCUUCAGGAUUUAUCCAAGGUUAUGUUGCAGCUGAAUCAAUUUACCUUUUCCGAGGCCGGUUCGCCAAUCUUCGAUGACGGCAGUAAUCCCAUUGGCGUAGGUCCUUUGAGGGUCAUGGAUAUGCCGGCAAUGCUGGAGGAACUAAGAACGAAUGACGCAUGGGACACUGUCAUCCAAUCCGAAAUUGAGCCCAGUUCGGACCCAAAGGCCUGGAUGGUGCACAAUUGGAAUCGGUCCGCUGCGGCUCUGAGAAAUUGCUUCAAACACCCCAGUAGGGCAUGA